UUACUUUGUGAGAUUCUUUGUGAAUAGCAAGAAACAAGCUCCCGAUUGUGCAAAAUGUCGGAUUCUGAGUACGCAUCCAGCAUUGAAGACGUGGCCCCAUUAGAGGUGGUGCCACCACCGCGCUCGAGCAAGAGCAAGUCCAAAACCAGCGCGUCGACCUCAACCGCUUCUACGCCUGCGCCUAAGCCGAGGAAGCGAAAGCCUGCCGCCCAUUCCGUUGCGAACGUUGAAGCCCUAACUAGACCAAAGAAAACGAAGAGUUUGUUUUCAAUCAUUAAUAAGGACGAGCGGGCAAGUGCGAAGGAGACAACUCGUAGCAUCGCAUCGAGCUUUACAUCGCGGGUGUCUUCGGGCCAGUGUCGUCGGACUGCAGUCACCAGCGGCGAGUUCUACAUAGAUUUGAAAGUCUACAACACCGACGAUGUUAAGAACGUUCCACCCGAGGAGCGUUACAAGAAAGCGCUUGCAGCGGUAAAACUCCAAUGCGGUGAACAAUCCCAGGAGUGGGAGGCUCUACAAAGGUUUAUAAGUAGCGCUUACGUAAUUUUUGAAGAGUGCGAACCGACUUAUUACAGUAAUAAAAUAAACAUUAAAUAAUUUUUACUUGUAAAUAAACAUACUUAUUACACAGUUUUAAUAUUAUUUUUUACAUUCGAAUUAUUCAACAUUAUUUCUAGUAGGUAGGUAUAGAGACUUUAUUGUUUAUUAACUAAUUCUUGGUUCUAAAAUGCCUUUCUGUACUAUUUGUAACGUGUCCAUAGGUUCAACCUCUUGGGUAGGACACUUGCGGAGUCGCUUGCACAAACAAAAGAACUCCACCCAACCACACAGUGAUGGUGUGGAAAUCGUAGGUUCUGCAUUUCGCUCUCGAAUCAUUUCUUACCGAUUAGUUGCAAGUGAACUUGACCAAACUUCUAUAGAUAUUUUCUUUAAUUCUAUUCAUAACAAAAUAAAAUCACUUUUAGAUGAUGCUUUAAGAGUACAUACUUGCAUCAAAGUGAAUUUUGAAUUAUUUAGCAUUUUCCUGUUAUUCAAAAAUAAUAUGCAGGAAAUGAAAUCUUUUGUUACAAAGAAUUUUAUACUUUACCACAACUAUGAUUUUGAUAGUUUAUUUUCUAAACUAGUGAGUAUAUUGAAAAAGAAAAUGGAAGAGUUUGAGGAAAGCGAUAGUGGUUGGGCUUUUUUAAGUAAUUCACAUUUAGAAAUAAAUGUCAAUAAGUACCAACCAUUAGGUGGGUCAUCUUAUUUAAAAUUACCUAAAUUUAUUCAAAAUAAGAAAGCAUGUAUAAAUAUUCAAAAUAAAGACCAGUGUUGCUUUUUAUGGAGCGUAACAGCAGCUCUUUACCCUGCUCGAAAUCAUCCUGAACGAGUCUCGUCUUAUCCCAAUUUUAAAGAUGUUCUAAAUAUCAAUGGGAUAUCUUAUCCCGUCACAUUCUCAGAUAUUAGGAUUUUUGAGAAAAACAAUCCUAAGUUAAGUUUUAUCAUUUAUGGUCUAAAAAAUUCUAAAACCAUUAUUGGCCCCGUAUAUAAAUCUGAAAAUACCAAAAACAAAAAAACUAUUCAUUUGCUAAUGUUAGAAAAUGACGCGACGUCACAUUAUUGUCUUAUCAAGGACUUGUCGCGGCUUGUCAGAAAUCAAAUAACAGCUCAUCAUGGUAAAAUUUAUUUCUGUGAUACAUGCUUAGUGUUUUUUACUACUUUUGAUGAACUAGAAAAUCAUUUAUGUAGCGGGAUCGUCACUGUAUUACCUGAAAAGGGGACCGUCAUAAAAUUUAAUAAUUAUGACCGUAAACAAAAUGUUCCAUUCGUCAUUUAUGCAGAUUUUGAGACAAUUUUAGAAGUGCACAAAGACAAAUCUGAUACGCAAAAUACAAAAACGCUGCAGCACCAUAUACCCUCAGCGUUUGCGUACAAUAUAGUCUGUACUGUAAACACUAGCUAUAAUCGGUAUGUAUCAUAUCUCGGUUCUGACUGUGUUUCAA